AUGGCAUCUCAGAAAAAAUCUCCACCGAAUAGAAGGAAGACUUGUUUAUCGAAAUGGUGGAAGCAAGAAUACCAUUGUCAACAAGUGCUUUCGAACCUUAUUGAAUCUUUUGAAUUUCAAGCUUUAGUGAUUUUCUUAGUUGUCCUUGACACAUCUUCAGUAGUCAUAGAAAUCCUCCUAGAUUCCUUCAAAAUCCAUUAUGAAUGUAAGCACAAUCAUCAUCAUGCGUCGGUUCAUUCAAAACUGAAAGAGGAACAUGUCGAAUUAGUCAUGGAAAUUGCACAUUAUUUCUCGAUUGGUAUUCUGACAUUUUUCGUGAUUGAAUUACUCGUGCGAAUUUUUGCAAGUGGAAAAGAAUUUUGGAACAUUCGACGAAGAAAAAUGCAAUAUCUUGAUGCCAUCAUUGUUAUUACGUCGUUGAUUAUAGACUUGUCGUUUUUACGAGGUGAGAAGAAACUUCUUGGAGAAGAACUGAUUCUGGUGUUGGCAUUUCGUCUAUGGCGAUUCGUUCGAAUCAUCAGCAGUGUAGCGGAAAGUACUCGUCAUGGCCAAAUGAAACACAAGGAUCGUUUGAAUCAACAGUAUCUCAAUGCCAUUCGUCGAUUGGUCGAGUUAUUUGUGUAUAAAACGAAGUAUAUUGAAAAGAACGCAAAUGGACAAGAUUUCAGUUCCCUACUGGAACAUUUUCAAGAUAUGGAUCAACAGUGCCAAUCGUCAUUGGAAGCUUUGGAUAAAAAUCGUGAAUUAACGUCUUCAGCUGUUAUUGAACAGUUUGUCGAUGAACUGAAUAGAUGCGGAAAUAACAAAUACGAGGAUAGUGUAUUGACAUCAUUAUUGACACACGCACCAAAAAAAGUUUAA